GUAAAGCAAAUGUUAUGAGUUUAUAACUGCAUUUGGAGAGCGUCAUCUUAUUUUGAAUUGCAGAGCUUACUUUUAUUUUGCUUUAUGCAAUCAGGGGGGUGAGGGUUGAGCGUGAAUGAGGUGAAAUGUCGCCCUCUAGUGUUCAGUACGCGCUCAGAAAACUUGAGUUUAAAUAUGAGUCACACAACAACGGCUCUCAGUAGGAUGUCGGGACGGCUUGCGGUGUAUUUUUAGGCCUGACCUGAACUCUCAGCUCACCUGCUGUCCCUCGAAGAUCUCAUAAAUAAGGGGUGUCUCGCAGAUCAGAGUUUGGGCCAAACAGGGAUGGGCUCUGUGAGGACGGAUAACAGACUGACGACUUCGCAGAGCUUUCUGUGCGGCGGCUUUGCGGGCUUUUUCAGCAAAACUGUCACCUCGCCUCUGGAGGUGGUGAAAAUCAAGAGCCAGGUGGGAACUUUUCACUGCAGGAACGGAUUCUGGGAAAGUUUCCAGGUCAUCUGCCAGCAUGAGGGACUUCGAGGAUUCUGGAAAGGAAAUCUAGUUUCGUGUCUCCGUUUGUUUCCGUACACUGCUGUUCAUCUAGCAACUUACAAAAAGAUAGUCCACCUUCAUAUGGAUGAGUUUGGCUUCAUCUCGCAGUGGAGGGCCAUAUUUGCUGGUGGACUGGCUGGUGUUGCUGCAGGUCUGGUCACAUACCCUCUGGAGGUAGCAGAGACCAGACUGGUCAUCCAGAAUUGCACACAGCCCACGUACAUUGGUGUUUUUCACACUCUGUCAAAGAUCUACCGCAAUGAAGGCCUGCUUGCGCUCUACAGAGGCUUUUCUCUGACAGUCUUGGGCGCGUUUCCCUUCUCUGUAGGAUGCUUUGCGGUUUAUGUGAAUGUGGACAGGCUGUGGCAGGAGCCGCCUCCUCGCUUCACUCCUUUGCAGAAUUUCAUUAACGGCUGCAUUGCAGCAGGAGUUGCUCAAACCCUCUCCUAUCCGUUUGAGACUGUGAAGAGGAAAAUGCAGGCGCAAAGUGCUCGCCUUCCUCACUUCGGAGGAGUGGACGUUCAUUUCACCGGAAUGGUGGACUGUUUCCUGCAGGUCGUCAGAAACAAGGGUGUUCUGUCACUGUGGAACGGCCUCACUGCCAGCACAAUCAAGAUCGUUCCAUACUUUGGGCUUCUUUUCACCUGCUUUGAGAUGUGUAAGCAGGUUUGCCUUUACCGCAAUGGAUAUAUCAUUUCACCUCUGAGCUACCAGCUCACACCCGGGGUCGACCAGAGCCUGGGGCCUUAUGAACUCAAAGAGGUCAAGCGCUACUUGAAAAACAGGAACUUUAACUCGGAGCAAUCGUCCCUGGGAAACCGCUGGUGAAAAGACAUUAAAGGAUGAACCAGUAAAAUACUAAACACAAGUGCAAAAAAAAAAACAAUGUUGUUGCCAAGAUGUCUACCUCUUUCCAAACAGUUUUAUUUUGAUGGUAUUAGUUUGAAAUCCAGUUUUCAUGUGCCUUCAGAGUAUUUGUGUUUGGGCUUUUGCAUUUACUGCUGUAUUAACUUAGAGUUGUGUCAUAUUCUAUAAAAGAAGUCUGUAAAGCUGA